GCUCAAAAUAUGACAGAGAUAAGAUGUACGUCAUGUACGUUAGACGUUAAUUAAUCGUCCCAUUCACUUAUCGCGCUGCCGGAUUCUCCCGUAAAAAGUCAUUGACAUAUUUUAAUUCAUUAUAACAUUCUGACCAGGGCGCGUAUUAACGGCCAGCUAUUCGUUUUUUUUCUUUUAUACGCUCAUUUGCGUUUGCACGCGUAGCACGCAGGCCGGAGGUGUGAUUCUGAUGAGGCAUAAAACAGUAACAACACUAAGAGACGCACAUACGAAACACAUUGUUGACGUGUUGUCAGUGAACUUUGGAAUUUCGCACUUUGAUCUUUUGUAGAUCCGACGGCUUGGCACGCACAAUUUUUUUCACGUUUUUUCUUCGACACCAGAAACGUUAAACUAGGUAAAAAUAGGUGAACAUUUAUGUUUUCUAUAAAAAGUAUAUAAUUUAAUACUAUUCAAUUAUCGCCAUGGGAGUGUUCACCUCCAUGAAGCAAUCGUCAGUGAUACACCUUAUGUUUGCUAUUACAUUUUUUACAUCUGGCUUGAUAAUAAAUUUCUUCCAAUGUAUUUUAUAUUUUGGACUAAGGCCUUUUUCCAAGUAUCUGUAUCGCAAGAUUAAUUAUUAUCUCUGUUAUUCCUUCUAUUGUCAAUUAGUAUUUAUGGCGGAAUGGUGGGCAGGAUCGGACUUGAUAUUGUAUAUAGAUAAGAAGGAUUUUGAUAAAUAUUUCGGCAAUGAGCAUGGUUACCUUUUAAUGAAUCAUAGUUACGAGACUGAUUGGUUGAUAGGUUGGCUAUUGUGCGAUCGCGUGAGGUUGCUAGGCAAUUGCAAAGCUUAUGCUAAGAAAUCGAUACAAUAUAUUCCGACACUAGGAUGGGCAUGGAAAUUCGCUGAGAGCAUCUUCCUUGAGAGGAGUUGGGAAAAAGACAAAGAGAAUAUUAAGAAUCAAAUUAAGGAGUUAGUUGAAUAUCCUGAUACCAUGUGGCUUCUUCUUUACCCCGAGGGUACGCGCUUCACAUCAAAAAAAUUGGAAGCUAGUCAAAAAUUCGCCAUUGAAAAAGGUCUACCAGUAUUGAAGUAUCAUUUAACGCCACGCACAAAAGGCUUUACUGCCAGCAUUCCGCACAUGAGGGGCAAAGCAACAGCCAUUUAUGAUAUUCAAAUAGCAUUCAAACCGUCUGAUUCGAUAAAACCAACCAUGAAGAAUCUACUUCUAGGAAAACGGUUGGUGGGACAUAUGUAUGCCAAAAGAAUACCUAUUGAAGAUGUACCCGAGGGAGAUGAGGCUGCUGCUGAAUGGCUGCACAAGCUUUAUCAGCAAAAGGAUCUUAUGACAGAGAGUUUUUAUAAGACUGGCGAUUUUUUUGCCAUAAGCGGAGUGCCUAGGACAGAUUCGUUCACGCUAAAAAGAAGAUAUUAUUCUCUCAUUAACACUAUCUUCUGGGCAAUAGUUGUCCUUGUACCAAUGCUAUAUUAUCUUCUAAGGCUUCUUCUAUCUGGAUCAAUCAUCUACUUCCUUAUUGGAAUUGCAAUUAUUUUUUUAUUUUACCUACUAAUGUACAAAACGCUCGGAAUGUCGGAAAUAAGUAAAGGCUCGUCAUAUGGUGCGGCGGAUGCAAAAAAGGAUAAAUAAUUUUAAAGCAAUCGUUAAUGAGAAAAUGAAUCUUGAAAAUAAGUGUCAAAGUAGGAAACAGGAAAGAAAAUUUUCAUGAUCUGAAGAAAAAAAGAAAAAACUAUAAGAAAAGGCCGAUAUGUAUAUUUGAGUUAUACUUUUAUUUAGUGACAAAUUCUAUGUAUGGAUUCAAUAUGUAACAUACACACAGAUAUACACAUAUAUUAAGUACAUAUAGAUAUGUGCGUGCACAUGCAUGCCAUGUGUGAGGAAUGCAUAUAUGCUGAUGUACAUGCACUUUUGUGUGCGUGCGCGCGCGCGCGUGUGUGUGUAUGUGUGUGUGUGUCUAUGUGUCUGCUUAUGAUAUUGUGUGUGUACAUACAUACAUAUAUACAUAAUAUCUUACUAUAAGUAAAUAUACUCUUUUAUCUUUUAAACUAAGAAAGAUAGACCACAAAACAUGUAUGUAAAUGUGUGUGCAUAUACAUACAUAUGUGUAUAUAUAUAUAUAUAUAUAUGCACGCAUUGAAAAAUUGUGCGUACCUCUUUGUUUAAUAUAAAUAGUUUUUAUAAGCAAUUACUAUAUUACAAUAGAAUAGAAUUUAGCUUAAACUUUAAUUGCAUGUACAUAUAUAUGGCUAUAGUUUAUUUUCCUUAGUUUACAUUUUAAAAGAUAUGAAGAAAGUUCAUUUAUGGGUGAGACAUUGUGUGUUGUGUGUGUAUGUGUGUGUUGUGUAUGCACGCACAUAAGCAAAUAGUUUUUUACUUUACAACUUGCUUUACUUUACGACUCUGUAUCCCUCAUUUCUGGAUUGAUGGAAUGUUAUUAUUUGUAUAUUUGACAGUAUUAAAUUAUUUACACGAGUUA